UAUGCUAAAGACGACAUAUCAUUUUCGUCAAUAUUUUGGUCAACUUGUAAACAGUGUGGCUCCAUCACUAGGCAUUCGCCGGUAGAGUCAUCGGGGUACGAUGUGCGAUACGACCAAUCAAGAUCAAAGCCGAAGACGUAUUCGGAAGGUCGUAUAGUUUCCAACAAAGCAACUAAUCCACGAUUGGUCGAUGAUAUAUUCCAGACGCCGCUAUAACUACCUACCUCGGUAGUGCGUUCUGAUUCCCUCCUCAAAAGUAAAAAGUUGGGCUCACUGAGGCCCAUAACCUUAGGUACCAUCGUUAUCGUACUAACAUAACCUCAUUUAGUCUUCAUUCAGAUGAGCUGUUGAAAUCUUCAAGUGUUUAGACACUUCUAGGUAUCUUUGUACACCAAAUUGAAAAUAGAGAUUUGGAGAAGAGGGGAGAAAAAAAAUUCAGAUUAUGGCGUUACCCUUUGCAACACCGUCGUCUCUUGCAGAGGGGUUUUCCAUAUCCUACUGCACGUCUACAGAUGUGGAUAUCAUCGCAGAUAUAUACUACGACACGUUUGCGACCGACAAGCGCAACGCCUUCUGGUGGCCGCCGAACAAGGAGGAUAUGUUUACUUGGAUGAAGGUUCGAGUCCUCCGCAAGAUGGACGAUCGAAGGGUCCGGCACUUCAAAGUUACGGACGGCAAGAGCGGCGACGUGGUGGCAUUCGCUAGGUGGGACAUUCCCGAAGGCUACGAGAAGGCCUUUGGCGAAUGGGUCGGCGACGAUGGAAGUGCCGUCGAAGUCUCCCAGACCGUCAAGACGGGAGAGAACACGCCGGCAAAUAGUGCGCCCGUCGAGGCUGUCGACCCCCCUACUGCGGAUUACCCAAAAGGUAGUAACCCGGAACUGUGCAAAGUCUUCUUUGACGCGCUGAAAGUCGCCUCGGAAAAAUACGAUGCGGAUGCGAUGCUGGGUCUAUCGCUACUAUGUACGUCGCCUAAAUAUUAUCGAAGGGGGGCUGCCAAAGCGCUGUUAGAGCCUAUGCUAGCUAUAGCCGACGCGCAUGGUCUCAAGUCCUAUCUAGAGGCUACGCCUAAUGGCAAGAGAGUUUAUGAGAAGCUGGGCUUUCGAGAGGUGGGCCGGUUAAAUUUCGACCUUAAGGAGUUAACUGGGGAGGAUUACGGUGAUAUGUAUCACAUCACGGUCAUGAUACGAGAACCGAGAUCGACAUAACGGUAUAUAAGAAAAUGGUUACUUCUUCUUAGCCUAAGCUUUAAGAUCAACACUCGUACAUCUAACCUUAGAUAGAUUUGUAUAUAUUACAGGAAACCUUGACUAAAACCCAAGGCAUCG